CCAUUAUUGUUUGUUAGUUUUUCUGUGUUUGGUUUAUAACUAAAUUUCUUGUGUCUUCUUCUCUCUUAUAUAAACAAAAUAAUGCUGUGCUAAAAAUUAUAAAUACUUAGCGUACGUUUGCACGCGAAAAUUCCUGCGGAACUAACUUCAUCUGGGGCUGCACCUGCGCAGGCGUGUGAAAUGUUCAUCACUUCCUCUGGGCCUUUUCAGUCGUAACUUUCGAACUCUUUCGGGGAUCGGGGAUCGAAAUGUUGGCUCCCCUGGGCUUCAGUUGUCCGCGAUGUCUGCUCUUGAGACGCGGCGGCGAACGUUGGGCCUCCCUGGCCCGCCAAUUGUCGGGCAGCAGUUCCCAGGAUACGAGUGCCACCAACCAGGAUGCCACAAAGGACACAGCUUCCAAUGGCACGACGGGGACAACGCAGGAGACAACGGCCAAGGCCAAGGAUAAAAACACCAAGGGACGAAAGAGACUCAGGAAUAUCGAGAUACCUCCCGAACCCACCACAUGCUGUAUGUCAGGUUGUGCGAACUGCGUUUGGCUGGACUACGCCCAGACUUUGGCCAAGCUGCUCGGCGACAACGAUGAGGAGGCCCGUCAGAUUGUCCUGAGCAAGAUCACCGACCCCAACCUGAAGAUGUUCCUCAGCCUGGAGCUUCGCCAAAUGGCGCGGCAGCGGGAGGAGAAGGCAGCCGCGGAGAAGGCAGCUAAACAGAAGCAGGGGAAGCCAAAGACACCGCCCUCAGAGUAGUACAAAUGUCUUCUGCUGCCCAUUAUCCAAUUAUCUAGUUAGGACCAAAUUCGUAGUAGCUCAAAUUUACUCUUGUACUUAGUGUGUAAGAACUGAAAAACCUCACAAUAAAUAUGUAAAAGUUCUGAAAUAAAAACAAAGUUGUAGUUU